AUGACAGCUUGGGGCGUGGGGAGCGAAACUUGUGGAGUUAGGAGUCAGCAACGUAGAGCACCUACAGCGGUGGUGUGGCACGCAGCAAAGGAAGAACCAUCCGUGGACAAACCCCCACCAUCCUCUUCCUCAUGCCCAACAGAGAACCCACUUCCUAAUACGGCGACGAGCAGUGGAGUCCCAUGCCUGAGGACAGAUGGACUGAGGUGUGGACGAGACACAGACAAAGAAGCGAACAUUGUGAAGGUAACUCCAUCAUCUGAGCAGCAGCAGCUGCACCACUACUACCACCACCACCACCACCACCGCCACCACCACCAACAACAACAACAGUAA